AUGGUAAGAACUAGAGGCGCAUCAUCUUCCCGUGGAGAGGCUUCAUCGUCUCGUGGUCAACCAUCAUCUUCAUCACAUGAUGAAAGGAGACGACUUACGACUUCUGUUCGUAGAAGACGCGUAGAGGAAUAUCGCACGGACGUCAUUGAUGAGCAUCAUUAUGAGGACCACGAGGAGUCUAUACAGCAAGGACAUCAUGAGGAGGACUAUGUUCAGCAUGAGGAUGUUCAAGAGCAGGAUGAGUAUAGUGAGGAAGAAGAUGAAGACGAAGAUGAAGAUGAAGAUGAAGAUGAAGAUGAAGAUGGAGAUGAAGUUGAAGAUGAUGGAUUUCCAGGAGGUCCACAUGACACCUCCUUGCUUACACACUAUUCCCAGCAUGUUGCAUAUGCCAUAUGGCAAGGCCAGGAUCGAGGGGAAAUUCAAUUGAGGACCCAUGGUAAAAAAUUAAAAAAUUUUGGAAUGUAUCAUGAGGCUAUCGAGCCAUAUAUAUCCAUGUCGGGGUUGGCUUCCUUAGUCAACCUAUCCUACGAGUAUGUUGAUCAUGGAUUGAUCGUUUCACUUGCGGAGAGAUGGCACCUAGAGACAAAUACUUUCCAUCUUCCGGUAGGCGAGAUGAGCGUCACAUUAGAUGACGUUCACAAUCUGCUCCACCUAGCUAUCAUGGGGCAAUUUUGUGAGGUGGAGGACCUAGAGUACGAUGAGGCUCGAUCUCAUCUUAUGGACUUGCUUGNCGUCGACCGCGCCAAAGCUUCAGCCGAGAUGAAGAAGUCACGCGGUCCAAAAGUGCGGCUGAGUUGGCUCCGCGAGGUCUACCACGAUUGCAUUCAGCAGGAGCUUUGGGAGUGCGCUGCUCGGGCGUAUUUGUUGCAUCUGCUUGGAUGCACAAUUUUUACGAAUAAGAGUGGGAAUUUGAUUCGUGUCUCGUACCUCCUUCUGUUGCGAGACUUGAAUGCAUGUUCGAGAUAUGCCUGGGGAGCAGCUGCACUGGCACACACUUAUGAGCAGCUAGGAGAUGCUANCUUCAAUGGUGUCAGACAGAUAGCUGGAUAUUCCACUCUUCUACAGAGUUGGAUAUAUGAGCACCUUCCUGGGAUGGGAAGGAGGCGCGUCUCAGAUACGUACACAAAUCUCCAUCCACAAGCUUCACGAUACAUACCUUCGAGACAGGGUUGGAGUCUAACGGAGGGGCGGAGAUAUCUGGAUGGGCUCACGUAUGAUGCGAUCAUCUGGUAUCCAUACAGGUCGCACAGACGUACUUGUCCAUUCUUAGCCAUAUGUAUGUUUUCAGGAUGGAUCCGACUAGGCGACAUGAUUCACCGGCAUCUGCCUGAACGCGUGUUGCGUCAGUUCAGUUUUCAGCAAAUCAUACCACGUUCGCCUGAGGACCUUCCGAUGCCAGAGAUUCAUAUGAUUGAUCAAAAUUGGUUGAGGUAUGUAGAGCAUGCCGUUACUGGUGCUGUUGAAGCUGAGGACCCCUCUGCAUGUGUUGACGGAUACCUGGCGUGGUUUAGACGAGUGUCCCACCCGUACAUCCUUCCAGCUAACGACGAUGAUCGACACAGUCUUGCACCGCGCAUGAGGCGACACCUUCCGGAUGACAUCCCGGUGCCCCCAGUUCGUCGUAGACGAUCGCCUGAAUCUGGAUUGUUGGUAUGUGGUAUGAGGCGUGUGAUCAAGAUGCUGCAAGGCAUGUUAAGUUGUAAACACGUCACACAGAACGCUGUAGUCUAUGAGCAAACUAAUCAGACAUUACAGGUUGCUCGUAGAUCUGUUGAGGAGUACGAGGCUGUUACUACUAGUAGAGGUGCUCGUCAUGUGCGCGGACGAGCAUCAUUUUCCUGA